CUAAAGCCAAUUGAUCUACAUUCUAGUGGUACUAGUUUCAAGUUUUGAGCGUAACAAGUCGCCUGAACUAAAAAAAAGGUCGGUCUCUCAUCUCUAUAAUCAGUUAAUCACCGACUUCCCGUCCGACCCCUGGAUCAAUGGCUGAUCCCGCCACUCUCGUAUGCUAACAAAAUCACCAUGAAAAUGCCUUCAAACAACUCCAUUAAACUCUGCACUUUUCUACUAAUCUCAUCUCUAAUCCUUCUACACAUCUACUCUUCCAUACCCUCUCCCUCCCCUUCCGAACAAUUCUCACCAUCUCAAUCCAAACCCCACAAAAAUUCCCGCUUUUCCUCCAUUUAUAAUCACUGUAAUCUCUUCAAGGGUCACUGGGUUUUUGAUCCAAAUCACAAAUCCUUGUAUGAUGAAUCUUGCCCAUUUCAUAGAAAUGCCUGGAAUUGCCUUAAAAACAAGAGGGAGAAAAUGGGUACAAUUAAUUCUUGGAAAUGGGAGCCUGAAAAUUGCAGUUUGAACCAAAUUGAUCCAUUUAGGUUUCUGGGUAUUAUGAGAAAUAAAAAUAUUGGGUUUGUUGGGGACUCUUUGAAUGAAAAUUUUUUGGUUUCAUUUCUUUGUGUAUUGAGGGUUGCUGAUAUUGGAGCUAAAAAGUGGAAAAAAAAGGGUUCUUGGAGAGGUGCUUAUUUUCCCAAGUAUAAUGUCACUGUUGCUUAUCAUAGAGCUGUUUUGCUUGUUAAGUACCAGUGGCAGCCAAAACAGUCUGACCAGGAUGGAUUAAAAGGCAUUUACAGGGUAGAUGUCGAUAUUCCUGCUGAUGAUUGGGUCCAGAUCACCAAAUUUUAUGACGUCCUUGUCUUUAAUACUGGCCAUUGGUGGGGUCCUCAUAAAUUCCCGAAAGAGAAGCCUCUUGUGUUCUAUCAAAACGGAAAGCCUAUUCUUCCCGCCCUUGAUUUUUUUGACGGGCUUAGAAUUGUCUUGAAAAAUAUGAUUUCAUACAUAGAGAAGGAAGUACCUAGUACGACCAUUAAGUUUUGGCGGUUGCAGUCACCAAGACACUUUUUUGGCGGAGAGUGGAAUCAGAAUGGCAGUUGCUUGUUUGAUGAGCCUCUUCAAGACACACAGCUUGACUUGUGGUUUGAUCCCGUUAACAAUGGAGUCAACAAAGAAGCGAGAGAGCUUAAUCAAGAGAUUGAAAAGGCAUUACAAGGAAGCGACAUUCAAAUCCUCGAGUUGUCUCAUUUAAGUGAAUACCGAGCAGAUGCUCAUCCCGGUAUUUGGCUAGGAAAGAAGGAUGCGGUUUCCAUAUGGGGCCAAGACUGCAUGCAUUGGUGCCUUCCUGGUGUUCCCGACACUUGGGUUGACAUUUUGUCGGAAUUGAUUCGCUACAAUUUUGAGGAUUGAGCGAUAAACGUGAAAACUGUGAACUUUUUUGACAAAAGCAGUUCAAUCAUUCGCGACACUGCAUCAAUUUUCAUAAGGUGCAUGCAAUCACAAUUCACAAGCAGAUUCAAAGUCUCAUCAAUCAGGUAUUAAUCAUGUCAACGAUGUCCAAAGAUGUAGCAAUCUGAAAUAUUCCUCAUUUUGGCAUACGGCUUUCACUUUCAUGGACUGAAGCGUGUUUGAGCAGAAGAAUUAAUUCUCAUUUGAGAUCUGGGUUGUGGUGUUGCAGAGUUCUUUUUAGCAGUAGAACACUUGUCUUUAAAUGGUUUAUAUGUUUAGACUUCAGAACAUUCAUUCAUUGAAAUCACAUUUUUGUAAUGUUACCCAGAAAAUGUAAAGACAUUCAUUUGUAGGGUUGUUGAAGAGGGCAUUUUCGUAGGCUACACUAACAGCAUACUGUUAUUCUGUUAUGACUUCAAAAAUGUAAUUCGGUAUUUUUUUAGUAUGAAACUAUAUUUAAACGUAAAUUUAUUAAGAUAAAGAUGCAAGUAUAUAUAUUUUC